UUUUCAGUACAGACAUAGUGUUUGUGUUUUUGUUGCAUACGAGGACUGACCCCAUCCUCCGAUAUUUCAUGUUUCUUGAGCGAAGAUUUCUCAUUUCAGUUCAGUUUCUGUUGUCUUAAAUCUCUGUUCUUACUCUCCACUUCCCAAUCCUUUUUUCAUCAAAAUCAUCUCUUCAAAGUUUUAAUUUCUGGGUUUUCUUAGUUACAUGGUUUUGAGCUGUUUUAAGGUUUUGUUAUUGAUGGGGUUGUUGGGUGCUGAGAAGGGUAAAGUGGUGGAGUCUUGGGAUGUGUGUAAAUCUAAGGGGAGGAAGAAGAAAAAGAAGAGUCAAGAGAAUGAGGGUGUUGUUGAAGAGAAAAAACCGGGGUGUUGGGUUGGGUUAGGGUUGUUUGGGAGCUGCAUUUCUUCAAGAUCCAAAGUUGAUAGCUCAAUCAGCGGCGCAAGUACUCAUUAUGCUGAAAGUAAAUCGACUAAUGACACGAGUAGAGGACAACCAACAGCUCCGGUAAUAUCUUCUACAACCACUAGUAUUGCAGAAAGCAAUUCCUCCACCUCUAAACUUGAAGAGGAGCUUAAAAUUGCUUCUAGGCUGCGAAAGUUCACUUUCAAUGAACUUAAGUUGGCAACAAGAAAUUUCCGGCCCGAGAGUUUUCUUGGCGAAGGUGGGUUUGGUUGUGUUUUCAAGGGUUGGAUUGAAGAAAAUGGAACUGCUGCAGUGAAACCAGGCACAGGGCUUACUGUCGCUGUAAAAACUCUUAACCAUGAUGGGCUUCAGGGUCAUAAAGAAUGGCUGGCUGAGGUAAAUUUUCUUGGCGAUCUUGUUCAUCAAAACCUUGUUAAACUCGUAGGUUACUGCAUUGAAGAUGAUCAAAGGCUGCUCGUGUAUGAGUUCAUGGCUCGGGGAAGCCUGGAAAAUCACUUAUUUAGGAGACCCUUACCUCUUCCAUGGUCCAUUCGGAUGAAAAUUGCACUAGGAGCUGCUAAGGGUCUCGCUUUUCUUCACGAAGAAGCUGAACGGCCAGUAAUUUAUAGGGAUUUUAAAACGUCAAAUAUACUAUUAGAUGCAGACUACAAUGCCAAGCUCUCGGACUUUGGUCUUGCCAAAGAUGGUCCUGAAGGUGAUAAAACCCACGUGUCCACUCGAGUCAUGGGAACCUAUGGUUACGCCGCACCUGAAUAUGUAAUGACAGGUCAUCUCACAUCAAAAAGUGACGUGUACAGUUUCGGAGUCGUACUGCUUGAGAUGUUGAGCGGCAGAAGAUCUAUGGACAAACACCGACCCAACGGCGAGCAUAACCUUGUUGAAUGGGCUCGACCACAUCUAGGAGAACGAAGAAGAUUCUACCGGUUAUUAGACCCUCGCCUUGAAGGUCACUUUUCCGUAAAAGGAGCUCAGAAAGCUGUUCAACUAGCCGCUCACUGCCUCAGUAGAGACCCAAAAGUCAGACCCUUAAUGAGUGAAGUUGUCGAAGCUUUAAAGCCUCUUCCAAACCUUAAAGACAUGGCAAGCUCUUCAUACUAUUUCCAAUCAAUGCAAGCCGAGCGGUUCAGUGCGAGUCCAAACACUAGAAGUGUACAUGCACAAGGAGCAUCGCUCGCUCGGAACGGACAACAGCGAAGGACCCUUUCGAUACCAAACGGCACUCAUGUAUCUCCUUAUCACCAUAAGUAUCCCCAACAAUCACCUAAACCUAAUGGUAAAGCAUAAUAGAGCUGGUGAAAAUUUUCCAUCUCUUUAUGUUUAUUCAGGUUGUUUGAAAAUAUUGAAACACUAUUUUACUUUAUUUAUUUUCCCAUUUUGCCCUUGGAAAUAUUAUUUCUUAAUCUCUUUAGGCUUUGCUUGUGUAUGAUUUCAAACAUUAUGGCUCCUUAAAUUAAUUAAUCACAAGCUUUUGUUUAUAGAAA